AUGUCGGAUUCCAUUUUUGAACAGCCUUUCGUGUACUGUGGCGUUUGCCAUAGAAGAACUUCUCAUGGAGACCCAUUGAGAUUGACUUCAUGUGCUCAUAUUCUUUGCUCGCAGCAUUCGCCGGUGACGUCGAAAGUGUGUCCUAUAUGUCAUUCAAACGAUAUAUCUAUAAUUAAGCUUGUAGAAUCUAAACAAUUGCCCACCGAUAUUAGGAUAUUUUUUGAACCAUUGCCACCCCUUUUAGAGACAUUGUACAAUGUAUCUCAAUUUCAAUUGAAGGGGCUUUCGAACCAAUGCCAAUACUACCAAAACCACUGUCUGAAAUUGAGGGAAAAAUGUGCAAGGCAGCAGCAAUUGUUAUAUCAAGCUAAAGUAGAACUGGAUUCUAUGGCAGGACUGAAGAAAAGAAUACAAGAAUUAGAGACAGUAUUAAAACACAGCAAUAUGUCACCGGUAUCAAUGGGCAUCAUGUCGACGAAAAAUAACCAUCAAAGUCACUACCAGCCUCCUCCCACAGUUGAUUUGACAAUCGACGAUAAUAGCCUAGAAGAAUUUGAAGCCAAAUCGUUUAUCCAGAAACUGAAAAAAAACUCCUCUUUGAGAAAUACUGCAAAAAAUAAUAAUGGUUCAUCUACCUCAUCUAUAAACCAUCAUGUGAAUAAAAAUCAAUCUCUUUACACCGAGACGUUGAAAAAUCCAAAUAAUAAUAGCAUUCUAUCUCCUAAUUUGAAUCCAAAUGCAAACCAUAACUUGCCCAACAUUUCCACUAUUGCAGAAUCGACCAACCUAAACCGAUUUUCGUAUUCCCCUGUACAUGUUGGAAAAGACUUUAAUGGCAAAAACCCAAACUUCAAUACUCCCACAAAUAAUGGCUCUUUAUCUUCUAAGAACAUAUCAAGAUUAUCUUCUGCUUCUUUUCAACCAUCUUCCCCUUUGUCUUCAUCAUCUAGUAGGCUUAUUUUACCAAAUAGUAAUCUUGAAGAAUUGCAUCAUUUAAAUACUCCAAUGACGAGUACUUCCACUCAGUUUCCCUCAGCUUUGGAAAAAUUGAAAAUAACAAGGAAAAGAAACAAUACUAUUAGUGGCUCGAAUAGAAUAACGCAAAACUUAAGCUCGCAUAUGAGAAGUGGUGGUCUUGCAUUUUCGUCUUCAUCCAACUCUUUGCAACAAAGUAAGCUACAAAAGUCGAAUUCGCUAAGGCGAUCCAAUUCAACUCAGCAGUUGUCCAAUACGCAGCUCAAAAAUGACAUUUCUCAACCUCCUAGAUCAAGCAAUACAGUCUUGGGUGGUGCCAAAAGAAACAAUAAGUUCAGAAGAAUAAGGUGA